AUGGUGUAUGAAUGCGAGGCCGUCGUUUCAAUAGCACUCUGCCAUGGAGACCUUACCAGCUUACAUGUCUCCGAAAGUUUUCAUGUGCCUGUACAUGAAGAAAUUGUUGUUAAAAGUGCUGUGAAAAGUGCUGAAAAUGCACCGAGUGUCUCUGAGACUCACGUUUCAAACAUGGAUCUUGAUGACCUAGAUGAUAUUCCACUAGCUAGAUUGUUGAAGAAAAGCUAUGCUUCAGAAGUUGCUCUUGCAAAACCUACUGAUCCUAUCAUAUCAGCUCAUUCUCAGAAAAGUUCUUCUUCUGAAGAUGUGUUCGUUCCUACACCUGGUCUUCACCAUGCGUCCAAUGUAGAACCGGGUCCAUCACAACACUCACCAUCAGGAAGGACUCGAGUUUCUGCUGAUGAGGCCCUUGUUCAUGUUGAAGGUGUUAAACCUACUAACACUGAUACAACCAAUACUAUUGAACCAGAUGUUCAUAAUGACGCUCAACCCAAGACCCAACAAUUUUUUGAACGAAGGAUAGCUGAAGAGGUAAAUUUUUCAGAUAAACAUCAUUCUUGCUUAGGUGUCAUGAGUCUUAUUGAGAAGGUUGGUCUAUCCAAGAAUAUAUCCAAUGUUGGGCCAUUUUACCCUCAGUUAAUUGGGGAAUUCAUUGUAAAUUUACCAACUGAUUUUAAUGAUCUUAGUAGUCCUGAUUAUCAGACUGUUCAUAUUAGAGGAUUAAAAUUCAAGAUCUCUCCUGUUGUCAUUAAUGGUUUUCUGCGUAAUAAUGUUGGGUCUGACUACUCUCCUUCUAAUCCAUCUAAUGAAGUUUUAGCGUCUGUAUUAACUGGAUGGACACUAUCUUCUUGGCCUGUUAAUGGAAUCCAUGCAGUUGCUCUCAGUGUUAAAUAUGUCAUUCUUCAUAAGGUUGAUAUUGCCAAUUGGUUCUCGUUUUCUUAUGCUUCCAGUGUGUCUGUUGCGUUGGGAACAUUUCUAUAUCAAAUAUGCCAUGACGACUCUAUAGAUACAGGAUCUUUUAUAUAUAAUCAGCUGUUGAGGCAUGUGGGAUCGUUUGGGGUUAAAAUCCCUAUUGCUUUACAACGAUUUUUCUCUGGUCUACUACUUCAUCUCAAUAAUGUUGUCUUAACAAUGUCUGAUCCCCGGGACCUGAACCAAAUACCUUAUCCUUGA